UUUCGUCAUUAACUUGAAUAAAAGCUAGGGUUUCAGCUGCUUAAAAGUGGUGACGCAGAAGCACUUUCGCACUCGUCCGCUUGCUGCUGCUGCUUCUGCAUCGUCUUUGAAGCUAGAACUGUUGGUUCGAUUCAAUCUCCCAAGAUGCAGAACGAAGAGGGUCAGAUCACCGAGCUUUACAUACCCAGGAAAUGUUCUGCCACUAACAGGCUGAUCACCUCCAAGGAUCAUGCCUCUGUCCAGAUCAACAUUGGACAUCUGGAUGCCGAUGGCAUCUACACUGGCCAGUUCACCACCUUUGCUCUCUGCGGUUUCGUCCGUGCCCAGGGAGAUGCUGACAGCGCCAUUGACAGGCUCUGGCAGAAGAAGAAGGCUGAAACCCGACAACAGUAAGAGCGAACCCGUCCUCCUGCCAGCCAGAUAGGGUCUGAGAUGUACUUGAAUGGUAUCAGGAUGUAUUGUAUGAAGAACAAAGUUUUGUCCCUUCAGACUUGUGUUUGAAGCACCCAACACAUGCCUUGCUGUUCCUUUGCAGAGAUAAUCCAUGUUUGGCUUCUCAACCUUUUUCCCUUGUUUAGAAGAGUAGGUUUCGGUU